UGCGCCUGAUGAUAAUGAUAAUGAUAUGAAAAAUAGCACUUCAGGCUGUGAAACAACGGCAUUUCCCUGUGAUUCGAUGUUACCCCACGCUUCCUACUAAGGUUAUAUAUUUGAGCGAAUUUAAAGACGUGUUAAAUGUAUUUAACGGACAGACGUACAGAUGGAAGCUUGAUACUUCCAGACUCUUUUGUCAUGUAAAGUUAAAAAUAUCGUUAUGUAUAUAAAUUAAUAUGCAAGGUAGUUUUGCAGUCGUUAUUACUGCGUGUUGGGAGAUAGAUGUAUGGUGUCAUACAUAAAAAAAUAACUGCGUAAUAUAUUAUUAAAAUAAAAAUCUCCUUUUCAAAUUGAGCAAGUUCCAUAUACUUUUAAGAUUUUAUUAUCUAGAUUUUUUAAAUAUCAAAUUUAAUUUACUACAAAUCAAGAAGAACAUGACGACCACUACUAAAGAUACAGUGAAGUUCAAAGUAAACGGCAUUGAAUGCGAAGUGGGAAGUGAAAUCAGUUCGCAAACAAAAUUAAUAGAUUACAUUAGAAAAACUUUGAACCUGUCUGGUACUAAGUACAUGUGCCGUGAAGCGGGUUGCGGCGCUUGUAUUGUCUCAGCAUCGAAAGGCCCUGGCGAGCCUGGACAAGCUGUGAAUUCUUGUCUUGUCUCUGUUACAUCUUGCCAAGACUGGGAGAUCACAACUAUCGAAGGUCUGGGAAAUAGAAAGACGGGAUAUCAUGUCCUCCAAGAAACUUUGGCUGAAAACAACGCCACACAGUGUGGACAUUGUACACCUGGAUGGAUAAUGUCUAUGUACAGCCUCCUUCAAAGAAAAACUCUACCUACAAUGCGGGAAAUAGAACAGUCUUUUGCAAGCAACGUCUGCAGAUGCACCGGCUACCGACCAAUAUUUAAGGCAUUAAAAAAAUUUGCCUCUGAUAGUCCGCAAAAUGACCUCCCAAACAUUAAAGAGUUGUAUGGAUGCCAACAAAGUGGUGUUGCAUGUAAUAAAAAAUGUUCCGAUGAUUGGUGUCUCCUUUCCAAAGACGCAUUAGAGAAGACGAUUGUGAAAAUAACCUUACAAGACAACAGAACUUGGUAUAAAGUUUCUGAAAUUGAUGAUGUUUUUGAUAUAUUGGAUGUAGAAGGCGAUGAUUCAUAUAUUUUGGUGGCAGGGAACUCUGCCAGAGUACCAUACCCAAUACAACAAUAUCCCAGAGUGCUGAUAGAUGCAACUGGUAUUGAGGAACUGAAGAACUGUGAGAUUGACCAAAACCUGAUCAUCGGAGCAGGAACCACGCUAACUAAUCUCUUGGAUGUGUUCGAAGAGAUAUCUAAAGAAGGCGAUUUCUGUUGGCAACAUUAG